CUUGCGGCGGAAGUGUGGCGCUGUUUCGCGGAAGAGAGGUCGAAGUUGUUGUAGAAGAGUUUGGGAGAGGAGGAUGCGACGGGCACUGAGGACAGAGGUAAAUGCAAGCAAAACCAGGGAUUAUCCCUGAAUUACUAUGAAGAAUUAAGACCCCCGCUGGCAUUUCCCCCCCCCAGAGUCUGCCAUGCUAAACAUUGUGUGUUUGGCCUUGAAGAUGUCUGGAGACGCUUGACCCAAUAUGUCAGCAGCGGCUGUCAAUGGCUCUGAUGUUUCACUUGACAGUGAGUCUUUCCACUCUGUGGACACAAUUCUGUUGGACGCCACCACCACCAACGCAAAGCUGCUUAUAAAAGAGGAGAGAUCUGAUUCUCGAGGGAGUUCUUCGGUACCCAAUGAAAAUGAGACCCUGGGGACGGAUGGCGAAGGCUCCACCCACAGCGCCGCAGAGGAGCCGGAGCGGAAAAGAAAGAAGGGUCCCGCGCCGAAGAUGCUGGGGAAUGAAGUCUGCAGCGUGUGCGGGGACAAGGCCUCUGGAUUUCACUAUAACGUGCUGAGCUGCGAGGGCUGUAAAGGCUUCUUCCGGAGGAGCGUCAUCAAAAAUGCAAAGUACACCUGCAAAAACAACGGCAAGUGCCAGAUGGACAUGUACAUGCGGCGAAAGUGCCAGGAGUGCCGGCUGCGGAAAUGCCGGGAGGCAGGCAUGCGGGAACAGUGCGUUCUUUCGGAAGAACAGAUCCGCAGCAAGAAAAUCAGGAAGCAGCAGCAGGAUGAGGAUGUGGUCCGCUCGUCGGCGGUGUUGGUCCCGCCGAGUCCUUGCAUGCUGACCCCGGACAUUGUCCAGCUCACUCCGCAACAGGAAGAGAUGAUCCAACAGCUGGUGUCGGCGCAGCAACAAUGCAAUAAGAGGUCCUUUAGCGAUCAGCCCAAAGUAACGCCGUGGCCCCUCGGCAGCGACCCGAACAGCAGAGAAGCCCGCCAACAGCGCUUCGCUCAUUUUACCGAGCUCGCCAUCAUUUCGGUGCAGGAAAUUGUGGAUUUUGCCAAACAAGUCCCCGGCUUCCUGGAGCUGUCCAGGGAGGACCAGAUAGCUCUGCUAAAAGCCUCCACUAUAGAGAUCAUGCUGCUCGAGACGGCCAGGCGCUACAAUCACGAAACCGAAUGUAUAACCUUCCUCAAGGACUUCACCUACAGCAAGGAUGAUUUCCAUAGAGCAGGUUUGCAGGUAGAGUUUAUAAACCCCAUUUUCGAGUUUUCUCGAGGCAUGAGGCAGAUGCAGCUGGACGACGCAGAGUACGCCCUUCUCAUAGCGAUCAACAUCUUCUCCGCGGACCGGCCGAACGUCCAGAAUCAUCAGCUGGUGGAGAACCUGCAGCUGCCGUACGUCGAGGCGCUGCACUCCUACACUCGCAUAAAGCGACCUCAGGACCAUCUGAUGUUUCCUCGAAUGCUGAUGAAGCUGGUCAGCCUCCGGACACUAAGCAGCGUGCACUCGGAGCAAGUCUUUGCUCUCCGCCUUCAGGACAAGAAGCUGCCACCUUUGCUGUCGGAGAUCUGGGACGUUCACGAGUAACGGAAGACGCGCGGCACGGACCUCAGACCGAACGUUGCAUCUCACUCAGCGAUCCGCUCUACCCGACGCAGAGAGCCGGAAACGGACUCCCGUCAGCCGUGGGCUGAAGACCUCUCUGGCCGUGUCUAUACGAGAGGAGGAGACGAUUUCAUUAGAACGGUGAAGUUGUUUUUGGCAAUGAAAAACAGAAAAAACAGCUUGGGGGGGUAGUUCGGUCCCAAAAUGUUCAUAUUUUAUAUAGCUGACCUUAGGUACAUAGUAUCAGCCCGGUUCUUCCGAUAAAAGCAGGUGUCAGCCACGUGUUGUGUCUCGCGCAAGACCUAGUGCAUCAGAGUCCUGUUUUUUGUCCGGAGUAGUGAGUUAGGGAAGAAAGAAACGGUUAAUACGGUUCAUACCCCCCAAGCUUCUUUUUGUACGGAAUAGCGUUGGCAAACUAACAGUCCCUUACGGAGAUCGGUAACUCGGACCCUAGGCAUGCGUUGGCUGCAAAUGUCCCAGAACCCGACAGCUUUGUGCACAAGAUAUCGACUCAUCCUACACACUGGACUUGUCAUUUUUCCUGCUGGUUUAGAGUUUUUUUCUUUUUACAAGAAAAAAGAAAAGAAAUGUGAGACUGAUUUAAGCGUUGUGUAUCGGGGGGGAGCUACCUAUCCCCCCCUCCCCCCCAAAAAAGUCACUGAUCCUUCUAUCCUUUUUUCUAUAGCACUAAUUUGAAGAGCAUUUUUCUUCCGUCAUCAAAGACUUUUUGAGUACUUUCUGCUUUCCCGUAGCCAUUGAUUUCUAUCCCCUUAUUGAAUUUCGCACUUAUUUGUACUUUUUACCCCCAGCUUAUUUGGAUCCCCCCCCCCCUCAUCCUAAUAUGCACUUGUUUUUUCAAAUUUUGGCUUGGGGAGGAUUACUAUUUUUGGCACUUACCUGGAGCGGUAGAUGUUGCUUAAAUCCCAGAAUAACUCCUGUGUCAAAUCCUCUAUGAUUUGAUAAAAAAAAAAAAUACUUAAAUUUGUUCCUGCCUAUUAGCAACUUGGGUGGUCUGCUUUGGCGUCCCCCUGUGUAAUAAACCUGACAAUCCCCGGUUGAAAUUAUAA